AUCAACCUGCAUUUGCAUAUAUCAUAUCGUAGCCAUGAAAACAAGCAGCUUGUUCGUUGUUGAUCUCAUUGUUUGCUUCUUGAUUCUGGGAACUGUUUUCUCUGAUACCACUAGUUUUAACAAGCUUCAAUUGCCUCCAAAUGUCACAGGCCCUGAAUCUGCUGCCUUCGAUCGUCAAGGUGGAGGUCCGUAUGUGACCGUCGCAGAUGGUCGGAUCCUCAAAUGGAAAAAUCCCACCACCGGUUUCGUUGAUUUUGCAUACACUUCACCUAACAGGACCAAGCAAGUAUGUGAUGGUACAAAUGAUCUGAAAUUGGGUUCAACAUGUGGAAGACCAUUGGCUCUGAGCUUCAACUAUAAAACCAGUGAUCUUUAUAUCACCGAUGCUUUCCUUGGUCUCCUGGUUGUAGGAUUCAAUGGUGGUCUUGCAACCCAACUUUCUGGUGGUUACAAGUACCUUUCUGGCAUCGACGUUGAAUCAUACACUGGAAAUGUUUAUGUGACCGAUGCUAGCUUGACUUAUGACAUAAGAAACAUGACACAACCAGGGUUUACACCUGACUCAACCGGAAGGCUCUUGAAAUACGAUCCAAGAACUCAACGAGUCACUGUUUUGUUAAGUGGGCUUUCCGGAGGAGGUGGUCCGGCCGUUAGUAGUGACAGGAAGUACGUUUUGGUUCCAGACUACGUGAAGAAGCAAAUCCAAAGGCAUUGGGUGCAGGGACCAAAAAGAAACACAAAUGAUGUGUUCAUGACCGAUUGUGGGAUUCCAAAAAAUAUUAAAAGAGCUGUAAAUGGUGGAGAGUUUUGGGUGGCAGUAGAGAAGAUGAGUGAAGCUCAAGGGUUAAGGGUUAAUGGGUCUGCAAUGGUGCUUCAAACAGUGGCCCUAUCGCAGUUCUUGAACAUGAGUAUUGCAGUGGUUCAAGAGAUGAACGAUGCAUUAUACGUGGGUUCAAGCCGCACUGAUUUUGUUGGUGUUUACACGAAAUAG